GCCGUUGGACUAUACAAUUCUGUAGAAGGUUUGAGUAAAGAUACCGAAUCUUUUAAUAUCGGAAAUAUUUCAGAAAGUAUUAAAAAUAAAGAUCAAAAAGGAAUUAUGCUACGUUAUAAAUGGGAAUCAACUAGGGAUAAGAUUGAUAAACUGUGUGAACUCAUAAAAUCGUUCGAGCAAAAUAUUAAAGGCGCAGAAGAAUACUUAAAUUCUUUAACAGACUUUAUCAAUUUUGCUGAUGCUCAUAUUAAAGCCAAGAUCGAAGCAAUUGAAAGGUCUGAAGAACUUUCACGAAUUAAAUUGCAAGCAGAAACAUACAAAAGAAUAGAAAAACGACUCGAGCAAAGGAUUCAAAUAUUCGAAUUAGAAAAUAAAUCUCAAAAUGACGCAAUUAAGCUUCCAUUAUUAGAACACCUUAUCGAAAUCAAAUAUUGCAUGACACGAUACAUGGAAAAGUAUCGUUCUGCUUAUAAAUAUUGGACUCUAUCCGAAUCCAAUUUAGAACUUUCAGUUAUCGAAGAACUCAAUGAAACAGUUAUCAAUAAAAUGUUUGAAGAUUUUGAAAAUGUCUUGAAUAAAACACCUCAACUAAAAAAGAUUAUUAUUGAAUUUGAUGAAAAACAAUGUAUUGAUGAAUUCAAACAAAAUAGAUCUGUAAAAAUCGACAUUUCGUUUGAGCGCAAGGAAUUAAAAGACUAUACUCGUCUAAGGCUUCAUACAUUUAGAGUAUUCUUAAAAGGAGUUAGAUACAUAAAUGAGGGAUCCAUAAAAGAAAUUCAGCUUUAUAUUAGUCAUUCAGGCACAUUUGAUGACAGAGGUAAUCAAGAUAAAACAAAGCCGAUACGUUUUAAAACUGAUCCUGAAAAAAAAAGAUUUGAAUAUAAAGUACGUGAAGAUUAUUCUGCUGAAUCUGAUAUAAGCAAACUGUAUGAAAUAGUUGUUGAUAAUGAAUAUUAUGAUUUAAAGUAUAAAGAUAAUUAUUUUGCUCCAACACCAUUUAGUCAAUGGAAAAUUAGUCUUUACCCAGAUAGCAAACCUGAUCUAUCCAGUCUAAUAUCAAUUAGUAUUUAUUUGGAAAUAUAUGUUUUUUGA